CUGGAAUCACCGUGCCGUGACGUUACUCGCCAGAAGUCAUGACUUGAAUCGUGGUGCAUUCCGUUCGACUCAACAUGGAACUAUUUUGUUGAUAUAUAAUAGCGACUGCACGGAAACUUCAAUAGUAAAUAAUGCCAGCGCCACAAAAUAGAUUGAUCAGUGAGCAGAAAGCGUCAGUGUCAUAACUAUGAGCAGUCUGCAUGUUUGAUAAUGCGAGAUCGGUGGUUUAAACAGUUCAAAUUUUAUCAUUAGAUCCAAUCAACGAAGACGCGGACCUGUACUUUGCCAGCUGAAGGCAAUUCAAUUCCGGAAAACGAAAGAGUCAUUGUCAAAGCAUUGGAAAAAGGAUCUGCGAUUUUAACCGGUCUCUCUCACUUACGGUGUCAUCAUUGGAAUCGAUUUUAGUAGUAACAGCAGUCCGGAAGUGAAAGAAUCGAGAAGCUAAUCAUCAUUUUUAUUCGCGAACCGACAGUUCGGAACAACGCUUAAAUCUAAUCUGUAGUACAAGCCAAACACUGCGAGACCACACGGUAGCUGCAAGAGGGCAAAUGGUGAAAUAAAAACAAAUUGUUGUGGGUAAUAAAAAACAGAAAUGAAAGCUGAUAGCCGCGACAGCAAGGUAUCAACAAUAAACAAAAUGACAAACAAGAAGAGCAAGGCGGUAGUCGAAGAAGAAAUAUCGAACACCGGUAGCGAUCAUCCGUAUUCGGAUGAAGGCAGGAUAGCUUCAAACGUUGGAAAAUCCUCAGUCGAACCUCAAAACUCGAGAAGAGCAGGUGCCGGUUCUAGUGUCGUCCCCACCGAAACUAACGCCGAUUGUUUCGUUGUCAGGUCAUUGUCAAAGCAUUGGAAAAAGGAUCUGCGAUUUUAACCGGUCUCUCUCACUUACGGUGUCAUCAUUGGAAUCGAUUUUAGUAGUAACAGCAGUCCGGAAGUGAAAGAAUCGAGAAGCUAAUCAUCAUUUUUAUUCGCGAACCGACAGUUCGGAACAACGCUUAAAUCUAAUCUGUAGUACAAGCCAAACACUGCGAGACCACACGGUAGCUGCAAGAGGGCAAAUGGUGAAAUAAAAACAAAUUGUUGUGGGUAAUAAAAAACAGAAAUGAAAGCUGAUAGCCGCGACAGCAAGGUAUCAACAAUAAACAAAAUGACAAACAAGAAGAGCAAGGCGGUAGUCGAAGAAGAAAUAUCGAACACCGGUAGCGAUCAUCCGUAUUCGGAUGAAGGCAGGAUAGCUUCAAACGUUGGAAAAUCCUCAGUCGAACCUCAAAACUCGAGAAGAGCAGGUGCCGGUUCUAGUGUCGUCCCCACCGAAACUAACGCCGAUUGUUUCGUUGUCAGUCCAUCAUCGUCCGUGGUAACCGAAAGUCACUACCUGUUGCAGAAUUCGACCGCGAUGAAGAAAAAACCGGAUGGCAUUCGCGGUGUGCUGCAGAACCGUAGCUUGCUGGUAGAUCUGCUGGCAAUUCUGUUCGGUAUCAGCGCAUGGAUAGGAGUUAAUUCCAGCUUCGUCCAGCUACCGCUGCUGGUGACAAAUUCUCCGGAAGGAUGGAACCUGCCAUCCUACAUGGUUAUCGCGACUCAGAUAGGCAACGUGGGACCCUUGAUAUACACCGGUUUGCAGAAAUGGAGGGUUUUCCAAGAUUCGUACAUUAUCUACGUGCUGCUGGUGAUUGGAUGCGUCGGUUCCAUUUGUAUGGCCUUCCUGUACGAAACGACAUCCUACGUGUUUGGAGCCGAUCGGUCUGUCGCUAUGCUGGUAUGCGUCUUUUCACUGGCCCUAGUCGGUUGUACGAGUUCGGUUCUGUUUAUGCCUUACAUGGGCCGCUUCAGGGAUAUUUAUUUGAUAACCUACUUGAUAGGAGAAGGCCUUAGCGGGUUUGUACCGAGUAUCGUGGCGCUGAUUCAAGGAGUUGGCGGAAAUGCUGAGUGUCGAUCGAGUAAUUCGUCCGAUCCGAAUGCUCCGUUCACGAGCUACACACCUCCGCCACGGUUUGGUUCUACGGAAUAUUUUAUUUUUGUUUUUGUGGUUUUUGUCAUCAGUACGGUUGCUUUUGCCAUACUGGACAAACACAAACGGUGCCGCAAGGAGUACGCCGCUGUCGUUAUCAACAACGGUAACGAUUAUACCUACGAAACCGGCCAACGAUCGGCGUCCUCUUCGUCGAUCGACAAAUCGAAUGUGAAACCUGAAAAAAUUAAAGUACUCUCUAAUCGCAACUACGUGUAUCUCAUGAUUCUGUUGGGCAUUCUGUGCACCUUCGGCAACGGUAUCUUUCCAAGUAUCCAGUCCUAUUCGUGUCUGCCGUACGGUAAUGUGGCCUACCACUUGACGGUAACACUUAGCACGAUGGCCAAUCCACUGGCUUGCUUUAUGGCACUGUUCCUGCCCCACACGUCAAUCCGGGCGAUCACCUUCAUAUCGGCAAUAGCGGGUGUGUUCACGGUGUACGCACUGUCGACAGCGUUCUUGAGUCCUGUCCCGCCCCUGGUAGGCAUGGUCUCGGGAGAAGCUCUGGUGAUUGUUACCUGGACUGUCCUGAUCGGAUUGGUGAGCUACGUACGUCUCUCGAUUACCAGCAUAUUCCGGUACCAGGGUGGUCGAUCGCUAGUGUGGGUGGGAGCCACCACUCAGAUUGGAUCCCUUGUCGGGUCGAUUUUAUCAUUCACCCUGAUCAAUUUUACCGACUUGUUUCAGCAGUACUAUCCGUGUUAAUUGGAUUGGAAAAACAUUGCUUUAGGUGUAGUGCGUUAACUAUUGACUGAUUGUGUGUGUGUGUCUGUCUGCUAACUAAACUAAGCAUGUUGAUUAGAUUAGGUAUCGUUUGACUGAUCGUGAGAUAUUGACGUAAUUCAACAAGCAAUUGCAUUUAGUAUGAAAGGUUCAUUACAUAUGAAAGGCUCGUUACAAAAAUUUGCUUGAAUAGCAUAGAAAUGACACGAAUUGACAAUCCACCAAAUCUACUAUUACAGCUGUAAGAGUUAGAAUUUUAUUCUGGGUGCUGUAGUUUUGGAAUAACUCAAUUCAUAGAGACACAUUAUAUUAUCUUGUGUUAUUUCAUCCGAGAAUAGUGUGCCCAAUAAACAUGUUUUUAUCAA